CAGUCAGAAAAACAGGCACGCACUCAAGUGUCAAUGUAGUAAAUGUAGCUCCGAAAAACAGUAUAAAUUUCCUUAGUGUACACAAUUUCAGCAUUCACUCGUAAGCAAUCCAGCUCCAUUGUCGAGAAGCACCUCCAAGAUGCACAGCCAACAGUGGCUCAUGCCCGUGGCCAUGGCCAUGGUCUUUGCACUGCUGCAGCUUCAGCUGGCGGGCAGCACCAGUGCCAGCAGAAACGAGACCCACACCACCACCACCGUGAAGGCAGUCGGUGGUGCAGCAGCGCCUGUCUGCAGGCUGCCACCCGUCUGCAUGGAGAACAGCCCGCGCGUCUGCGGCAGGUUCCCCGAUGGGAAGUGCCAGCGCUUCAACAACAUCUGCCACCUGCUGGAGGCCCACCACAAUGGGAAGCCAGCCGCUGUGGGGCACGUGCCUGCCCGGGAGUGCCGCCACGUUGCUGGCGUGGGGUACCUCUACAGACGCCCCUGCCACGACGGCUGCCCCGGCCGUCGGGUGAACUGCAGCCGCUCGCCCCACUCGGCGAAGAUCUGCGUGCGCACCACCAACCACAAGGAGUGCCAGCUCCUGGCCAACGUCUGCCAGCUGCGCCAACGCAACUGCCACGACACGCCGCGCCACAACUGGCACCGCACGGACCGGCGUCGCUGUGGGCUGGCCAAGCUUGGCGAUGAGCCCAGGCCCUGCUUGCCCCUUCGAAAUGCACCAAAAUCUGCCACCGAGCAACAGUAAUCUGCUCUGGAAAAGGGAGAGGAGUGAGGAGUCUCUCCCCCUGAGGUCUGCUCCCCCUGGAAUAGAACGAGUGAUACUGAGAUCUGUCCCGUAGCAUAAAUUAUAGUAUUCACUGUCUUGUUUAGCGUAACUCCUUCCGUAAGAUAAACCUUGAACUUAA